GUUUACGGUCACAAAGCUGACAACGGCUGGCUCUCGGUCAAGAUCGAAAGAUUCGUGGCUGCCUGAAUGAAACUUUGAUCUUUGGAUAUGUAUUUUAAUCCUCGUGGCGUUACAGCGCAAGAAAUGGCUUCUCAGCCACCGAGGAGAAGAAAUGUUUCUCCUGCAGCCUCAAGUUCCAAACCUCAACCUUUGCGUGCGGUUCACCCUUUCUCCCUACUACGAAACCCUAGUCCAACUAGAGGAAAUCAAAUAAGAAAGAGUCCAACAUCUUCUCCAAUUCACAAUGUAGAAAAAACACGUUGCUCUCCAGACCAUUCUCGACGAAGUCCAACGUCUCCGUCGUUAGCAAAACAAGUUGAAAGACCAAAGCCGUUGAGGGCAGGAGGUGUAAGGAGAACCUCCUCUUUAGAUGCCAUCUCGGGGACUUACUUGUGCGGACAGUGGCCGAGAGAUGGUGGAAGUUGUAGACCUUGUUGUCACAAGGCUACUCAGACUCCAGCAUGGGAUGACAAGGAGGAGUGUUCACCAUCAAGACACAAAAGAUCCAACUCAUUGGGAUCUGCCGAUCUUCGCGAGAAACUAAAACAACAACUACGUAAGAAGCAAGACAAGAAAAUAACGGCUGUAUAUGGUCGACAAUCACCUGUCCAUGGGGAUCACAGYGCUAUAAAUAAAAACACACAGAGUAUUGCUAUCCCAAUCCCAGUAUUAUCAAGACCAACAGACUUUCCACAGCGAAAAAGCUGGGAAGCUUGUAAUAGUGAGAUCCAGACCCUAGACCUGAAGCCAAGAGAUCAAUCACAUGAUAAGAUCCUUGAACCUAUGGAUGGCCGAAAAGCUCCACCACCUGAAAUACUGUCUGAAAACAGUCCAUUUAGUACUGUUGACAUACAUACUCAAACUCCAUCAGAAACCCAUGACUUUCAAGAUAGCAGUGGCAACAGCAGCAGCAGAAGCCAUUCUGCCUCACCAACACUACCAAUUAUACCAGGGGCUGUUGACUACCAGUCUUCUUCUCGUUGCUCUUCUGGGACUGGUGCUCCAAUUUAUACACCCAAUGARCAAGACAGUUCUCCAGAACCAUCAGCCGUGUCAAAGUUUGCCUCAUCUCCUAAGCCAAACAAUAGCUACCUAUUUGCAAGAGAACCACCAGAUGGGGCAGAAAAGGUCCAAUCACAUGUAGAAGAUAUUAUCAGUGAUGGUGAGCAGAAGUUUACAGGUCCUGAUAAGACCAAGGUGAUGUUCAUGCUGAGUAACGCCUCUGCAUUUAGUGCAUUGCCUUCCUUACCAGAAAUGGCUAUGAAACCAGUGUUAGUUACUUCACAUACUCUGGAGGCAUCUGGGCAGUAGAGGACGAUGAUUAUUGCAGGAGUGAUGCUGCAAGAGCAGUGCAGUGAAGGUUUAUAACCUUGUAUCUGUAAGAAGGGAACAGCAGUGUUUGUAUAUCAGGGAAUGUACCUACCUUGUUCACAUUAUUAUAAAAGUACACUAUUCUGCUUGGACAGGUUGUAUGACGAGUAGAUAACAAGAUUAGAGCUGUUUUUGCAUAAAUGGAAACUGUGCAAUGGUGAUUGCGCAGUAUGGCUACAGCAUWGAUUCAGUAUGAGCACAUAGAGGGUAAUAUGCCCUGGAAAUCCUUUGUAUAAUCCAUACAGAUUACAUGUUUUCUGAUAUGAACUCAGUGCUGUACAGUCAGUCUCCCUCUUGUGCAAAAACUUCAAUAGUUAAUUAUCUAUGAAUCAUUGAUUAGCACUAAAUCACCUUCAUGCAACAUCAA